AUGGCUACAGUGGCUACAGAUUCAGUCAGUCCGAGAUCUUCGGCGAUUGAUUUAGCCAGCCCAAAAUCUAUAGUCAGUGACAGAAGCAUAACCUCGCCGGCUGAGAGAUCUGCCGAGCGGAGAAAUGUCAGCAUAUCUGUCAGCAGCAACUUCAUCAAAGCCAGCAAGGAGGACGAGACCCAUCAUGAUGCAAAGUGGGCAGCACAAAGGAGGCAGGCGAACCGAGUUAUGCGAAGUGUUUAUGUCGCUAACUUGAUGACCGUUGUCAUCCUGGCAGAUGCUUUUUGCACGAUUGUGGAUAUCGAUUACAGAGCCAGCGGGCUUGUGACUCCCAGAAUAUACCCUCUUCUGUCCAACGUGUGCUUAGGCCUGUACACCGGAGAAGUAAUUCUUAUCUGCAUAGUGCAGGGGGUGCGGCAGGCUUUCACGCACUGGAUGUUGCGGCUUGACAUGUUCAUUAUUGUUGCGGGCUACACCGAACUGUUUCUUCACAACUUUGCGGCUGAUGUCAUGCUCAACAUCGGGUUUGUUCCCAUUCUGCGAAUGGUCCGGGUCCUCCGAUUGGCUCGGCUGCUUAAACGCCUUCGUGCUUUCCGAGAAUUACAGAAGCUGGUGCGCAUGAUGGCUACAUGCUUGAAAGCAUUGUUUUGGUCGUUUGUCUUCUGCUUCAUGAUCAUGACUGUCUGGGGGAUGCUGAUCGUCGAGUUCGUUCAUCCCAUCAUGAAGGAGAUCGAAAGCUUGGAGACCAGCGACAUGCCCAAUAUUGCACAUGACUGCCCGGAUUGUGUUUUGUCCACCUCUGCUGUAAUGGAAGCCAAUCUCUUGCUGUUUAAGACCGUGAUUGCCGGGGACAGCUGGGGAAAGAUCGCUGUGCCUAUAAUCCGCCAGCAUCCAGCCACAGCAAUCAUUUUCUGUGGCUCGCUGCUGACGUUGGUGUUCGGCGUCCUGAACCUUAUCGUGGCGGUUGUGGUGGACACCUUUGCAGAGGCCCGCCAGAGGGACGUAUUGAAUCUGGCUGAGGAGUUGGAGUUUAACCUUGCCAACGAUGUGAAGACGUUGCAAGAAAUCUUCCAGCGCAUUGACACGGAUGGUAGCGGAGAAGUGACAUUUGAGGAGCUGCUUAAUGGUGCUCGUAAGGACCCGCAAUUUCAAAGCAGGCUUCGAGUCAUGGACAUUGAUGAGGCGGACUUGCAGCAGCUCUUUGAGAUGAUCGACACAACCGGGGAGGGUCAAAUCCACUUGUCAGAGUUUGUCGCACCAUUGAGUCGUUGGGUCCACGAUUCCAAGACAGCUACCCGCUUCAUCAAGUACAACGUCAUGCGAUCUUUGCACCAGCAAGAGGAGUUGUAUGCACUUGUCCUGGAAAAUCAUGAAGCACUCGCAGAUCGCAUGUCCGAAAUGCAAAGCAUGAUUAACACCCUAUUCGCACUUCAAAGCUCUCCUGCGAAGCCAGAUUCGAGCACCUCGAGCUUUACGCACACAUCAACGGGAGAUUAUUUUCACGACAUCUAUUCUGAAUCUAUGUUUCCCAAGGAUGUAGUUCCCAAGAUUCCAGAUGGAGACGAUGAGCCUGUGAUACAGCCGCCUGCAUCCAAGAUCGCUGCACCUCUGAUCGUUGAGGUAUCAGAAAGGAUGAGUGGCACACAGAUGCCAACGGUGUCUAUGGAGAAGCUGGAUGAGCUCGUCAUGUCCACCACAGAGCCGCUCGGCAAGCCCAUCGGCGGGCACGUGAACAGCCUCGAGGCCUCCAUCGUCGCUCAUGGCGAUCCAGCAUAUCAGGUGCCCCACCCCGGAUACCUUGGCCUCCCAAUUGAGGGACAGCAAGUCCUGGCUGUGCUCAUGCUGGAGACACGGGAGAUUUGCAUUGUUAUCAGCGGAAAGGGAAUCAACUUAGCUUUGCUUCAGGAACUCAUACAUGACAUCGUGGCCAAAGUGCUGGGGAAUGCCCGGUCGCCCCACAGCGCCAACAAUUUGCUAACGAAAGCGCUGGGAGCUGACGCAAACCUCUCUGCAGAGUCGCUGCUGAAGCUGCCCAUUUCGAAGGUUCUCCACAUAGACAAGCUGGCCCAGAUCAAUAUUACGGUGAAGAAUGCGUCCGUGAGCCAUCUAAACACAUGGACAGCCAUGGACAUCUACUCUCCCAAGCCACAGGAGCUCUUCUUUGGCAUGGACCUCUCCGAACUCGACCUGCAGCUCCAGUUGAAGCUUGGCAUUCUGCCUGGCAGAGGGCCUGUAGGUGGCACCGAGCUGAACGAGGAGUUCGCUGUCGCCCUGAAGAUGUCGGAGUUGUCCUUAGCUGCAAAGGCGUUUUUGGCUUUGAAUGCCACGAGACUCGGUACCUUCACCACAGAUCAGCUGGCAGCAGUUGGGUGUUUAGCCUCAGGUCUUGAUGCGGCAGCUGCGCUCCAAGCAGACUUCGGCGCGACCUCCUUCAAAACAACUCUGACUCCUCGGGCUGGCAGCGGCGACCUGGAGGAUGAUGUCGACCAUAUGCUGAACUCCGCCGCCGCCUUCCUGCUGGGAGCUUACAAGGAUGCAAUCCAGCAGGUCGGACACAGCAUGCUGACGUCACAAGGCCUGCACAUGGUGAACGAGAAGAUCAACAGUUUCCUGUCAGCACCACCGCCAUGUCCACCUCCUGAGAAUGACUUCAGCAACGACAUGCUGUCGAAUUCAGCAUUAGCUGCAUUCGCAGUUUGCUUUCUGGCAUCAUUAGGCACUUGCCUGGGCCUAUCCAUGAAAUCGAAGAAGACAGAUGCGCGGGCAUGUCAAAUGCAGGACAUGUCCCUGGCAACGACGGUAACAACAAGUACUGGGACCGGGCCUACUUCCUUGGUAGCAGAGAUAGGCGGCGGUGGCGCCGUUCUCUCUGCCACGAUGCCGGCAAGGGCGUUGGCUUUCCACCCGCGAACGCCGCCCUAUAUGCGUUGGGGCCUCCCCCUGCUAAUGGUUGCGACCAUUCUCAUGUUCGUGUCGAGCAACUCUGGGAUUGGGGCAGGCGUCGUGGUUUCUGUGACAGCGAACGGGCGGCCGGUGGUGGAUCUGCCGCCGACCUUCCAGUUCUCACUCCUCGGAUCCAUCAAGGACAUGUGGCAGGGAAAAGUAUAUGGCCUGGCGUUUCUCAUCCUUGGCUUCAGUGGACUUUGGCCCUACAUCAAGCCGAUCAUGAUGCUGGUCUGUUGGUUUACGCCGCCCUCCCGGCUGAGCGUUGCGAAGCGACAGGGCUUGCUGAACUUCCUGGAUGCCUUUGGCAAGUGGUCGCUGGUAGACACGUUUUUCAUGGUGCUUUGCAUGGUUGCCUUCAACUUCGACUUGCGAGCUACCACUGAUGGGCCAUCAUUGCUCAAUGAUAUUUUCCGGGAGGCUAAAAGCGAUGCUGAGUUCAAUGUCCAUGUUCAACCAGACCUUGGCUUCUUUACCUUCCUCGCUGCGACCUUCCUCUCGCUUAUUGCUGGCCAUAUAACGACUGCCUGCCAUCGCUAUGCGCACAAGCUGGGCGAGUUCGGAGUAGAGGAGGACAACGACAAACGACGAUUGUGCUACGUUUUGUGCUCGAGCCCUUUGGAUGUGCACGGCCCGACGAUAUCCAUCGCCGUGUCGCUGGUGUUGGUUCUCUGUGGCACAUUCUUGGAGACCUUCAACUUCAAUUUCCUGGGCAUGGCCGGCUACGCUUUGGGGGAGGAGGCGCGACACCGCCCGUUUUCGGUGUUCAGCUUGGGCACGAGAAUUCGAAGCAGCAAUCCGGACCCCGACAGUUUCGGGAUUCUGAUCCUCGCAGGAGUCUACUUCCUCUUUACCACUAUUGUCGUGGUCGCCUACCACGUGAUUUUGAUCGUUCUGUGGACUGCUCCGUUGUCCAGGAGAGCACAAAAACAAUGGCUUCUGACCGCACAGGUGUUCAAUGCCUGGAGUGGCUUGGACGUUUUCUGUGUGACAAUCUUGGCCGGAAUCCUGGAACUUCGGGAGUUUGCGCACUUUAUUGUCGGCGACAAAUGUGACGCGAUCAACCAGGCCGUUGCCACGACGACAUUGGCCGACAAGUUGCCAGGUGGAGUCACCUGCUUUGAUGUGGAGUCUACCCUGCGCGUGGGUUUCUUGAUCUUAGCGCUGGCUGUCAUCAUCUCCACGAUAACUGGCCAUGUCAUGAUGGCAAAAUGCAGCAAGGCUUUAUGCGCACCGCCAGCUGAUGCCGAUGUGCGAGAGGAGGCUUAA